UUUGAAUGAAAUGAAUGAAUGAAAGUAAACGUCAUAAAUGUAAAAGUUUGCUUUUGCUAAAUAAAAGUAGGUACCUAAAUUACAUAAUUCCUGUAAAUUCCACACACUGUCGGAAUCGGAAAUAAAUGUAGAUGAUAUUAUAAAAGCAAAAACAUGUUGAAGUUUGGAAUAAAAUCGGCGAUACUGGGCUCUGCAGUAUACUACACUAUAGACAGAGGCGUCUGGAAAGAUAGUGAUAAGACAGCUGCUAUAUAUGAGGAGCUAGAGAAGGGAGCGUCACCUUAUGUUGGUGAAUUGAAGAAGCAGAUUCCUUAUGAGCUGCCACCACUGCCAUCAAACGACAGAAUUUCAUACCUGUUCCAGUAUUACUGGAAUUGUGGAGUGAAGUCUACAUUCCGGUUCCUCGUGGACUUGCCAACACACACCUCCAAUGCAGUCACUAAAACCUACGACCUGAUCUCUUCAUCUUUAGCAAGUGUUGAAACAAACACUAGUAAAGUAGAAGAAAAAGCUAAAUAAAAUUUAUGUGCUAGUUUAUAUUCAGGGAUUAUUAUUUAAUAAAAUAGUUAUUACUUGA